CUCACCCUUUGCGUGCCUCGGAAAUGCCCGCCCUCCACCGGGGAGGAGACACCCAGACGUACUCUGGUGUUGUCUUUAUAACUUAAGCAAAGGUGCAACGAGGGUCCACAUCUGGAGCUCUGACAGAGCAACACUUCUACUGAGAAAUGCAAAGCCUUCCCAAGCCUCAGUUUGCCAGCUGGCUCAUAGAGCAGGUGGAGACGGGCCAGUACGCGGGCCUCCGCUAUGACGGCCAAAACAAGUUCAGAGUCCCCUGGAAGCACAACUCCAGAAAGGACUGCAAUGAUGAAGACAGUAAAAUAUUCAGGGCAUGGGCAGUGGCGAGCGGAAAGAUCAGCGAGUUCCCCAACGACAAGGCCAGGUGGAAAACCAACUUCAGAUGCGCUCUGAACAACCUCACGGUGCGCUUCAAGAUGAUAAGGGAUAACUCCAAGAAUUCGGAGGACCCUCAUAAAAUCUAUGAGAUCUUCAACACUGAGUACAACUAUGAAAGCCAGGCAACACAAGAGUCCCAGGAGGAUUCUGGCAUGACUCCAGAUAUCUACAGCUCCCCCAUAGAGUACUUCCCCUCAGGAAACGAGCAUAAUCUACUUAACAAUUUCAUGGCCUUGGAUCUUGGCAACCAGACAUCAGAGAAUCAGCUGUGGGCAGAGGACUAUGGUCAGCACAACCCAACUGUCCCUGGAAGCUAUCCAGCAGCAGCAGCAGCAGCAGCAGCUGAGAACCACCCACAGCCUUUACCAGAGCAGCCUUCUUACUGUGAGGUAAAUCCUCCACCAGUCCUAAGUUCACCUCUGCAGCAGCCAAGUAUUUAUGACCUGGAGAUCUCCAUCCACUACAGGAAAAAGGAAAUGCUAAAGAUCACAUUGGCCACUGCCCUUCUCCAGCUCCACUACCAGCAGGAGGCCCCUGAUCUCAAUGCCCAUCAUCUCUGCUUUCCCUCAACAGAGAGUCUGCUGGACCACAAACAGGUGGAGUAUACCAACCGCAUCCUUAACAGCAUCCAGAGAGGACUGUUCCUGCAGGUACGGGACACUGGUAUUUAUGCCUGGAGGCAGGACAGGUGCCACGUGUUUGCCAGCACCAGUGACCCCAGUGUGGCUCACCCCGACCCAAGAAAGCUGCCCCAGAACACCAUGGUGGAGCUCCUCAGCUUUGAGAAGUAUGUAAAUGAACUGAAGCAGUUUAAAGAGAACAACGGUGGCUCUCCUGAAUACGCCAUCAACAUGUGCUUUGGAGAGAAGUUUCCUGAUGGAAAACCUUUGGAGAAGAAGCUCAUCGUAGUCAAGGUUGUCCCUCUGAUCUGUCGACACUUUCAUGAGAUCGCCCAGAUGGAAGGGGCUUCGUCUCUUCACAGCGCUAACGUCAGCCUGCAGAUCUCACACAACAGCCUCUUUGAUUUAAUUAACUCCAUCUUUGGUCUGCCGAUAGUUGAAGAGCCAGCACGGGCUGCUGCACCUUUUCUACCUCAGUGCUGAACUUGUAUCUCGCACUUGCACCUGAUUCAUACUAUGUCAACUACCUACGGGACCACACCUUGCUCUUACUCAAAGCUUUGCUAAAAAAGUAUCCAAACUGAUGACCUGUUGACUGUGUAAUCGUAGAUGAAACAGGAAGUCACAAAAUUAAACUGGUAUUGUAUAAAGGUCCUUUGUCUAUCAUCUCCUGUUCACAUUAGUCAUAAACUUUACGCAAAAACUGACAUUUUUAUCACUACAUAAGUAGAAAUGAACUCCUCCACUAUUGGGCUGUUGCAUUACUCAACUCAAAGGCCAAUGGCCUUGUCUUAGAAUAAACUGUCAUAUAACUGUAAAUGUCAAAUCAACUCUUAAUGAAAUGUAUGGUUCAAUUGAUGUAUGCAAUUGAUGCCUAACAUGAUGGAUUUGCUUUUGAUCACAUAUUUAUGAGCCUGUAAAAUGCAAAUGAAAGUAAAGCUAAAUAUCGUAUGCUUAAGAUUUUUUUAUGUCAUGCAGUUAUUGACUGCAAUAUAUAUAU